AUGGUUACCCCAAGGAAUACCGCCUAUGCGGAGGAAAGCGCCGAAGUAGAGGUGCUGUACGCCAACCUCGAGAAGCUCAAAGUUCUCACCAAGAAGAUUCAAGGUUCCCUUGUGCGCGUUGAGACUGGAGGCAACGUGGUGAAGCAUGCCAUCGGCCCCAUAUACAGUAAUACACAGUCGCUUCAGAUCACCAACAACAACAUCGAUAAGAUCAAUGAAGCCAUUGAUCGCCUGCGCCAACCACUUGAUGCUAAGAAUCGAGAGGAGGACAUCAUUCGUGCUGGCCCCCAGGAUGUUGAACUGUCGCAAUACCUCUCGGCCAUGAAACGCGUGGAAAAGGCCUUGAUUGAUCUCAAUUCAACAAAUUUGCGAUCAAAUCAGAAAGCUAUCUCCGAUUUCUCGUCUUUAUUGAGCACCGGCACCAUCAAGAUCCAAGACUUGUUCCGCAGCGAAUUAAGCCGGCAUGUCAGCCCUAUCGAGCCGCUGCAUUACUUAACAAAAGAGCUUCCGUUUCCAUCAAUCCCCGAAGAGACGAUUGCAGAAUUGGCACCCAUCAGCGCUGCGAUUAGCUCGGCAGCACCUCAUGGACCCCAACGCGGUGAAGGCGGAAACCCCACACUCAAAAUAUUCGCCGAUAUCCGUGGACCAUAUAUGACCAAGAGCCUACAGAAUCUUGCCAUAGCAUCGUUGAAUACGGUCAAGCGGAGGGCCACAGAUGGCCCCUAUAAGCAAGGUACUAAUGGGAUUGGUAUUUACUCGAAUGCCUUGGAGGGGUUCAUAUAUACCGAACAUGAUAUUAUCUCGCGGAUUUUCACAGGUGGCCAGCAGGGACUGGCUCUCCACGCCACCUGUCGUUCUGCGCUGGCCGAAUACUCAAAGACACUGCGUGAGCUUAACCAAUACAUAAAGGCAAAUCUUAUGACAGACUGCUUCCUAGCCUUUGAGAUUAUCGAGAUUGUGACUACUAUGUCCUACCGUAUAGACUCCAAGACUGGGGAACUCAAGAGUGUAUUUAUUGAAGCUCUGAGACCAGUUCGCGAAACCGCCAAAUCCUCUCUUACCGAAUUGCUUGAGGAAACCAAGCGCAGGGCUGGGAAUAUCGCCGUGCUCCCACCCGACGGUGGAUCUGUACCUCUUGUCAAUGAAGUCAUGAACGCUCUCACUACAUUGACUAGUUAUUCGGGGCCGCUGGCAUCUAUCUUAACCUCUCUAGGCGAUGGCAAUUGGCGUUCUACGUCAAACACAUCUGUCACUCCAUUGGAUGUCAGCCCUGACAGCUUGACACUCCUCACUCAUUUUAUUCUUGACAUGGUUGAGGCUCUUAUGAUUGCACUGGAGUCUCGGGGCAGGGCAUUUCACCGCUCUAAAGCCGUUCAGGGGGUCUUUCUUUCAAAUGUGUUCUGCAACGUUGAUCGGUCCAUUCGGGGUAAUUCAGACUUGGCAAAGUACCUUGGCUCUCCCGACAGCAUCACGCGGAUAGACACCUUCCGUAAACGUGCCAUCUCGACGUACUUGGACUCCUGGAAAGAGACUUCACAUUAUCUCCUCGAUGUGCAAUAUACAUCUCGAGGGGCUGGUGGCUCAGCCCGGCCUACGUCCGGGGGUGCUGUGGACUCCACUUCCAUAGUGAAGUCUCUUUCUUCUAAAGAUAAGGAUGCGAUUAAGGAAAAGUUCAAGGCGUUUAACGCUAGCUUUGAUGAAAUGCUGGCCCGCCACAAGGGUUUGUAUAUGGAGCGAGAGGUGCGUGGGGUGCUUGCCCGUGAGAUACAGGCAGUCCUUGAGCCUCUGUACGCACGUUUCUGGGACCGCUACCAUGAAAUCGACAAGGGAAGGGGCAAAUAUGUCAAGUAUGACAAGGGGAGUCUUUCUGCACAGCUGGCAGCACUGUCAUGA